GAUAAGAUAGGAGGGAAUUACAACUUUUUUUCAUCAUUUGUGUCUGGAUUAUUUAAAAAAUAAUACAUUCUUAUAAUAAUAACAUGUAAAGGAAAAAAUAAAAGAAAAGCUGAUUUAGUUGUAGGUAGUAUUUAGUAAGAACUUACAGGAAGAGUUGAUUUGAUUAGCCGCAACAACUAUGACAAUAAUUAAUUCUGCGCGUGACAUGGAGCUCCGGCGGGACGACACGGCUGCGGCCGUACGCCGCCUCGAGCUGCAGCACGCUGAGCAUCGAGACGCCACGCUCUAUCGGUUCGAAAAAGGCUCACACUUACAAUUCAAUCCCGGCCCGACUCUAAUGGGCCGCAAAGUCUACUUGUACACCAACUACGUGGUAACGGACCAAAACGGGGAAAAGGGCGAGCAUAUCGCCUUUGACCGCAAGCAGUACUAUUGCCUGGAAUGGGUUCGAGCCGGCCAGACGACGAAGUCGGGUGAAACAGCUGAGCUAGAGCGGCUGGGCUGCGGGCUGCUAGUCACCGACACCGACGCUUACUGCGAGCUGCGUCUCGAGCGAGCCGGAUCGUUCCACUAUUACUUCGUCUACGACACGCCAGAGUCCCGCGUGGGGCCGCAGGGCUCCGGCUGGUUCGGAGUGACUCCGAGCCUCAGAGCCGGCGACUGCACCUUGCCGCUGGACUCGCUAAUGUGCCAGACUGUGCUGGCCAAGUGCCUCGGCCCGAUCUCGCGCUGGGAGCGGACGCUGCGAGUGGGCCGCGAGGCCGGGUACAACGUCUUUCAUCUAACGCCCGUGCAGGAGUUGGGCGCAUCGGGCUCGAGCUACAGCAUCGCCGACCAGCUGAAGCUGAAUCCACUCUUCGACGACCCGGACACCGGCCGCCGCGCUACCUUCUCGGACAUCGAGAACCUCGUCGCCAAAAUUCACAACGAAUGGAACACUCUCGUCAUAUGCGACGUGGUGUUAAACCACACGGCUAACGAGACGCCGUGGCUUCCGGAGCACCCCGAGGCGACGUACAACUGCCAGAACUGUCCGCACUUGAGGCCGGCGGCGUUGCUCGACGCGGCGUUCGCUAGGGUUUCGGCCCGAGUGGGGGCCGGCCUGCUCGAGCCCCGCGUGCCCCGCGAGGUGACAGAGCCGGCGCACGUCGACGCCGCCCGCGCCGCUCUCGAGGAGGAGGCGGCCGCUCUGCGGUUGUCGGAGCUCUUCCAGUGCGACGUCGACGCGCUCGAGCGCCGUUUUCUGGAGCUGGCUCGCGCCCGCGUCCCGGUGCCGCACGCCGCCGUCGUCGAUCUGAAGCUGACGCCGGACCCGCAGCGGCGGCGCCUCGCCGCCACCGUCGAUCUCGAGCUGGCGCUGCAACUGUUCAACACGUACCGCGCCGACUGUCCGGACGAGGAGGCGCGGCUGGCCCGCUGCGCGGCCGCGUUUCACGCUCGACUGCUGGAGCUGAACGCCGCCGCCGCGCACGUUGUGCUAGAUCACUUGCGGGCCGCCGUCGAUAACUGCGCGGCUGCGAUGCGUUACGAGAGGCUUCAGAGCGACGGGCCCCGGCUGCGGGAGGUGUCCGCUCGUCACCCGCUGGUGCCGCCUUAUUUCACGCUCCCGGAGACGAUCGACGACGCGGCGGCCGUCGAGACGGACGUCUACGGCGAAUCGGGCCGGCUUGUGAUGGCGCACAACGGGUGGGUGAUGGGCGCCGACCCGCUCCAAGAUUUCGCGGCUAGGGCGGCGGACGGCCGCGUGUACCUGCGCCGGGAGCUGGUCGCGUGGGGAGACAGCGUCAAGCUGCGCUACGGCGAGAGGCCCGAGGACAGCGCUUGGCUGUGGGCGCACAUGCGCGAGUACGUACGGCUCACGGCGCGCCUCUUCGACGGGCUGCGACUCGACAACUGCCACUCGACCCCGCUGCACGUGGCCGAGUGGAUGGUGGACGAGGCGCGCGCCGAGCGCCCCGACCUGUACGUGGUCGCCGAGCUGUUCACCAACUCGGCCGCCGUCGACAACAUCUUCGUCAACCGUCUCGGCAUCACGUCUCUGGUGCGCGAGGCGCAGAGCGCCUGGGACGCGCACGAGCUGGGCCGCCUCGUGUACCGAUACGGCGGCCGCCCCGCCGGCGCCUUCCUGCCGCCGCCGCCCGGCCUGCCCGCCGCCGCCGCGCCGGCCGUGGCGCACGCCAUGCUUAUGGACCAGACGCACGACAACCCGAGUCCCGUGGUCAAACGCUCGCUCUUCGACCUGCUGCCCUGCGCCGCGCUGGUCGCCUUCGCCUCUUGCGCCACGGGCUCCACGCGCGGCUACGACGAACUCGUCCCGCAUCAGGUGCACGUCGUGGACGAAGCGAGGCUAUACAGGGCCUGGGGAGAGUCCGACGAGUGGCCCGAGGGACCCGAGGGCAUCGUGGGGCCCGGCCGGGGACUGGCCGAGGCGCGCGCGGCCCUCAACGCGCUACAUCGGCAACUCGCCGCCGAAGGAUACUCCGAGGUGUUCGUGGAUCAAAUGGACCCCGACGUGGUGGCCGUGACUCGCCACCAUCCCGCGUCCCGCAAGUCGGUGAUCCUCGUGGCCCACACGGCCUUCGCCGCCCCCGACCCCGCCGCCGUCCCGCGUCGUCCGAGGCCCCUGCGUUUCGAGGGCCAGCUCACCGAGGUGGCGCUGGAGGCCAGUCUGCGCCACGAGGGCGGCCGCCCUUUCCAACCUCCGAGGGUUCGCGAGCCCCACCCGCGUUUCAUCGACGGCCUAGACGAGUACGUCGCCGACGUGCGCCCCCCCGGGCCGCUCGCCGCAUCGGCGUUCCUCUCGGGAGAGCGGCGCGAGGGUGCCUUCACGGAGCUGGAGUGGCGCGGCCUGCCGCCCGGCGCGGUGGUCGUCGUCCGGGUGGCGCCCGACGGCCGGCAGGCCGCCGCGCUCGCCGCGCUGCAUCGCACGGUGCGCGCCCCGCCGGACGCGGCCCCCGACCCGCUGCAGCUGGCGGCGCCGCUCGCCGAGCUGUCGCUGGCCGAUUUUAACACGCUGCUGUACUGCUGCGACGCCGAGGAGAGGGAGCGCCGCGGCGCCGGCGCGUACGAGGUGCCCGGGCACGGGCCGCUGGUCUACGCCGGCCUGCAGGGCACGAUUGCGGCGCUGGAGCCGCUGCUGCGAGACGACGACCUCGGCCACCCGCUGUGCGACAACCUGCGCGCCGGCGACUGGCUGGCGGACUACCAGUGGCGCCGAAUCGAGGGCGACGCGCGGCUGGCCACGGUGGCGGCGCGGUACCGGGACGCGCUGCGGCCUCUGGGCGAGCUGCCGCGCUUCCUAGUGCCGGCCUACUUCGCGGCCGUAGUCGCCGCGCUGCACUCGGCCGUGCGAGCCGCGGCCCUGUCGCGUCUGCGGCUGCCGCACCCGGGUCGCUUCGCGGAAGACCUCGCGCUCACGAGCGUGCAGCUCACCGCCGCGAUGCCGUCGGCCCCCCUGCCCCUAGAGGGCGCCUCCGCCGUCGAGCGUGCGUCUCUGUCGGCGGGACUGCCCCAUUUCUCGGUGGGCUACAUGCGCUGCUGGGGUCGCGACACCUUUAUCGCGCUGCGGGGCCUGUUCCUGCUGACGGGGCGCUUCGCCGAAGCGCGCGCGCACAUCUUGGCUUUCGCCGCAUGUCUGCGGCACGGCCUCAUUCCCAACCUGUUGGACGGCGGCCGCAACGCGCGUUUCAACUGCCGCGACGCCGUGUGGUGGUGGCUUCACAGUAUCCAGCAGUACUGCCGCGAGGCGCCGCAGGGCUCCGCGCUCCUCGCCGAGCGCGUCGUCCGCCUCUUUCCGGCGCCGGACGCGCCGGUCGAGCAGCCGCUGCACGACGUCAUGCAGGAGGCGCUCGACACGCACUUCCAGGGCCUCGCGUUCCGGGAGCGCAACGCCGGCCGCCAGAUCGACGCGCACAUGACAGACAGGGGCUUCAACGUGCAGAUCGGCGUCGACCCGGAGACCGGCUUCCCGUUCGGCGGCAACGACGCAAACUGCGGGACGUGGAUGGACAAGAUGGGUUCCUCCGAGCGGGCCGGCACUCGCGGUCGGCCCGCCACGCCCCGCGACGGCAGCGCCGUCGAGCUGGUGGCGCUCGCGUACGGCGCCGCCUCGUGGCUGGCGACGCAGCACCGCGCCGCGCGCUAUCCCUACCCGGGCGUGGCGCGACGCCACCGGGACGGCGCGCUCACGGCCUGGACCUUCGCGCAGUGGGCCGAGCGCAUCCGGCGCUCCUUCGAGCGCCACUUUUGGGUGCCGGCGGCGCCCUCCGCGACCGACGCGCGCCCCGACCUCGUGCACCGACGCGGCAUCUACAAGGACUCGCACGGCGCCUCGCAGCCCUGGGCCGACUACCAGCUGCGCUGCAACUUCCCGGUUGCCAUGGCCGUGGCCCCCGACCUAUUCGACCCGAAGCGCGCGUGGCUCGCGCUGGACGCCGUCGAGCGUCUGCUUCUCGGCCCGCUCGGGGUGAAGACGCUGGACCCCGCCGACUGGGCCUACCGCCCCGACUAUCGCAACGACGACGACUCCGCCGACCCCAGCGUGGCCCACGGCUUCAACUACCACCAGGGCCCCGAGUGGGUGUGGCCCAUCGGCGCCUACCUGCGGGCGCGACUCGCCUUCGCGUCCGACAACGGCGCCCACGCCCGCACCGUCGCCGCCGUGUACGCGGCGCUCGGGCCGCACGCGGCCGAGUCGCGCGCCUCGCCUUGGCGGGGUCUGCCCGAGCUGACCGACGCCGGCGGCGCCCCCUGCCGGGACUCGUGUCGCACUCAGGCCUGGAGCUCCGCCUGCGUUCUCGAGGCUCUCCACGAGGCCGCCGGCGCGAGGCGAGCCCGGCCCCUGCCCUCCGACUGACGCUCCGCCCCGCCGUCCGCCCGCUUCUACUCGGAGCCCUACGAGAGCCCUCGACCGCCCUCGGCCCUGCGCCGCUUCGUCGCUCGACGGCGACGCGUCGCCUCGAAGUCGGGCGCUCGGCUCUCGAGGGCGAC